CCUCCCCACCCAGUCCAGUGAAGGCGGGAAUUCAGAGUGAGACAGCCAGGAAAACGAGGCAGAUGCUGCAGUUCGGGUGCCUUGUUGCGGGAGGCGCUCCAGCAAGUCUCCCCGCUUCCCCGCCACCGGCCAGCCCCGCUUGGGCUUGGAAGCUGUGCCCGUGAGCUUUCGGUCUGGGACGCCGAAGACGAUGAAUUCGCAUUUCGGAGGAGGCAGUAGCAGCGAGCUGCGGCCGCUGAAAGAGUAGCGGAGCGAGGGAAGCCAGCGAGCAACGCAGCGGUCCCCUCAAGUAGAAGACCCGGGAGGCGGCUGACCUGUGCACUCCAUCCUCCCUGUCGAAGAGGGGAGAAUGGGAUGCUGAGGGAGGGAGGAGGAGGGAGGGAGGAAGAAGCCGCAAUGUGAAAAGCGCCAAGGAGGAGCCCGCCUCCCCCCUCGUCCCCUUCCCCAAGAGGCUGAACCGGUAUAUUUCUCUGUGUGUGUGUGUGUGUGUGUGUGUGUGGUGAAGUGACUGGUGCUGUGCCUUUGCCUCGCCGGGCGAAGAGACGAGGGGAGCGGGCAGCGGCUCCGGCUGCCCGCUCGCCCACCCCUCUCCCUUCAGGACAGAGGAUGGGAGCGAAAGGAGAGGUGCCGUUUCUCCCGCACAGAGGAGCAGCUGACUGGCUGGGCUGAGAUGAAAGGAAGAGACCUACCUUGCUUGGGCUAUGUGUGUGAAGGCACCGUGGAUUGGCGGAACAAUUUUCUUUGAUGUGAAUGAAGCAUGUCCUACCCCUCUGGGAUGCCAUAGGUAAUGCCCAGCUCUACUGCGAUGGCAAUUGGGGCUCUCUCUAGUUCUCUCCUUGUGACCUGCUGCCUGAUGGUUGCUCUCUGUAGCUCCACUGCACCUUUGCAAAAACUGGCCAAGGCUCAAGACAAGCAGGAGAUAAAAACAAACCAAGAAAAGAGAGACCACACAUCAGCCCGAGAGAGCCAGAAUCAGACAGGAUCAGGGAAGAUGAGUGAAAUGGGCAGGAAUGGGAGGGAGGAGGGCACCAGAGACUGGAAGAGCAAAAACAACAGAAAUUAUUCUAAUAAGGAAUCUUGGACUAAGCAAAAGCAAGCAUUGACUAGUCAGUCAAUGAGCAGUAAGCUUGGGAGCCUUCAAGCCCAAGAGCAAAUGGAUGGUGUUCAGGAGGAGCUUCCAGCUGCUGAAGAUUCCUCCCUCUUGGAUGUUAUUGCUAGUACUACUCCUGAACCUCCAGAGGAAUAUGCCUAUCCAGACUACCGUGGCAAAGGCUGUGUGGAUGAGAGUGGCUUUGUUUAUGCGAUUGGAGAGAAGUUUACUCCAGGUCCCUCUGCAUGCCCAUGUCUUUGCACUGAAGAGGGCCCUUUGUGCAUUCAGCCAGAGUGCCCCCGACUCCACCCUCGAUGCAUUCAUGUUGACACUAGUCAAUGUUGCCCACAAUGCAAGGAAAGGAAGAACUAUUGUGAAUUCCGGGGGAAAAUCUACCAGACACUGGAAGAAUUCAUGGUUUCGCCAUGUGAGAAAUGCCGCUGUGAAGCCAAUGGUGAAGUAGUGUGCACAGUGUCUGCUUGUCCUCAGACUGACUGUGUUGACCCUGUAUAUGAACCAGAACAAUGCUGUCCCAUCUGCAAAAAUGGCCCCAACUGCUUCGCGGAGACCACAGUCAUUCCAGCAGGCCGAGAGGUGAAGACUGAUGAAUGCACUAUAUGUCACUGUACUUACGAAGAAGUUACUUGGCGAAUUGAACGGCAAGCUAUGUGUACCAGACAUGAAUGCAAGCAAAUCUAGAUGUACAAAUCCAAUGACUUAAAUGUUUUUAUAAAACAUUUCAAUGUACCAGACGAUCUUCGGGAAAAUAAGGAUCAACCUCAAAAAGAAAUUUUGUUUUGGUUGAGGUCAAAGUAAAUUACAGAUACUUUUUUCCACAGUAUAAAAUAAUACUGUGAAUCAAAUAAGGUUUGGACUCAAAAGUUUCAUGUCUUACUAAAUGUGUUAUAUUUCCACGGUGAGUACUUUAAAGUACAUUAUCAAAGAUUAUAUUAUUUCUAUAAUCUCAUUAUAGAAUUUAAAAUGUUUUAUAUAGAUGAUACAGAUUAAAAUAUUAUAAAUGGUUGACUGUCUUCUUGCAUACCUGGUCAUGCCUAAAAUAAAAUACUGUUUUAUGACAUAAGCUAUUUUUAUGGGGCGGCAACAAUAGGCAUGGAAAGGAUGUCUUUAAAAUUAUGAAUUAAAACAUUGACCAAAGGUGCAAUCUUGACCCAUUAGGGCAUUUGUUGACUUCAGUCAGGUGAGAGUUGUAUGAAAUGUGCAAAUUCGGCCAAAUUUUCUUCUCUUGGCUGUGGGAGAUUACAGAUCACACCAGCAUGAAUGUAUUGUGGUAAGCAUUGGGUGAUCAUGUGACCUGCUAGGUACCUUGACUAAUUUUGGUUUUCUGGUAUAAAACAAGGUACGCUCCCAUCACUAGUCUUGAAAGAUUAUAAUCUGUGAAUUUGCAGUGGCUAAGCGUUUAAUAGGUGUGAAUAAACAGCAUAAUUUGUGCUGCUCUCUAUUUUAACUUUAAUUGAAAUUAUUUACUUAUCCUGCUACACAAACAUGUGUAAGAUAAAACACAUUCCACCUGAAUGUGGUAUGGUAUUAUUCCCAUGAACAACAUGUAAAUUAUUCCUGGAAGGUUAAAUUGCCAAUCAUGGUUCAGACUUAAUGCUCCUCUGGCAAAAGCCCCCAUACUUUCAUGGACUGCAGAUUUGCAAGUUAAUGAGCAAAUUUCCUAAGCAAGGAAAUAACUGAAAGCUAAGGAACGUUUAGCAUUUUUAAUAUACAAAAAAAAAUUUUUUUCAUGUACCCCACAUCAGGUUUUUACAAGUUACUUAUAGAGAUCAUUCACACAAUCAAAAACUGUGUUCUACCUGGAUUAAGGAAAAAGUACCCAGGUUUUCCUCCUACCUUGAUUCCACACAGUUAGCAAAAACUGGGAGCACACAAACUCGAAACCCAGGUAGAAAACAGUUUUUGCUUGUGUGAAUGACCUCAUAUUCUUUUAGAUGUUUCCUGCCAGAAAUUAUCACAGCAGUGUACACAUUACUAAAACAAUUAGUUGUGUUAAUUUGCAGGCAGGGAGAGAAUUCAGUUUUAACUAGCAAAUUCAUAGAAUACAACUUGGGUAGUGACUGCUGUUAACAAAAAUACAGGGGAGGAUGUUGUGAAAAGGAUUUCAUGUUUGCAUUCAGAUCUACGAUACAGGGGAGCAAUAAUUCAGAUGUAGUUCAGCAGUAUUCUAGAUGCACUGUUUAAUAAAGGCAGCCCUCAAGAACAUUCAGAUGUGGGUCAGGAUCCAAUAAUAUACAAGAAGGCUUUGGGAUUAUGUUUAAUGACAGAACCCCCACCCCCACCCAUAUAGCAUGGCAAACAGUUUUUGAAGCUUUUCAAAAAUGGUUUGUGGCAUGAUACAGGAAGUCUGCUGUUCAAAAGGGAAAAGCAAAAAGCCAACUGAGCACUUUGAUGUGCGUAAUGGAGGUCUUUUGAUCUGGCCAUGCUGUGGGUCCCGUGUGAUUAUAAUAAAUGGAAAUUUCUGUUCAGUA